CUCUAGCUGCAGUCGUCUUGAAAAUUUUACUUAAGUCUGUCGGGUACGUUGUGUCGUGCGGGUGGUUCAUUUUUCUGUGCGUGUGUGUGUGUGUGUGUGUGAGUGUAAUUGGAAAAAUGCAAAGAUAUAGAUAACUUCAAAGCUGCACUUACACACAGCUACAAAGAAAAAAGAAACGAAGAGCAAUUUCAAUUUAUGGUUCUGUAAAUGCAAAACAUGCGAGACGCAGACGCAGCAGCACUGCGAAAGACGUAAGACGGGCAGACAAAGUGCAUUUUAGGGCGUGUUUGUAAGCCCUAGCCAGACUCCCUCCACUUCAGUUACCCCCUGAAAGCACUGGCGCACUCAACAAAUGAAACAACACAAAUAAAAACCUAAAUUUUAUUUGUCUCCUCACAUAUGAAAAAAAGUUGAAAGAAAAAAUCUGAUUGGUAAUUUCGCAACAUCCUUGAAUUUUGUCUACUCUCAAUUUGCAAAUUGGAGUAGCAAUACAAGUGCGUGUGCGUGUGUGUGUGUGUUAGUGUAUGGAGAGCGCAUCUCGUGAAAGAAAGAAAAGAAACGACGACGCACGAAAGAAAAUGUGUAGAGCAGCAAAUUAAAAUAAAGCAAGUGCUAAUGCGAUAAAAAAAUUAUAUAUAUAAGAAGAAGAAAUUUAUUGCAGCGCAGCUAAAACGAAAUUGUGGAAAAGAAAUAUAGAGUAAAAUAAAGAAUAGUGCAUUUGGGGUGCAUGUGAUUGGAAGGAUGGGCGCACAACAGGGCAAGGAGCGCGGCUCCCAUUCGAGCGGAGGGGGCGGAGGCGGUACCGUAAGCUGUAUUGGUGUUGGUACUAGCAGCAGCCCCGUUGCAUCCGGUUCUCCGCACUGCAUAAGUGGCGGCAACAGCGGCGCAUCCGUUGGCGGCCUGAGCUCCAAUUCCACUUUACGCAAUUCUCGCAUGAAGUCACAUCAAUCUUCAGGACAUGGCAGCAUCAAUUCAAGUGGUUCCUCGGCCCAUCGCAGCGGUGGAGGCGGAGGCGGCGGCAGCUCAAAUGCGAACCACAAGGAUAAUCGCUGCAAUCCCAGCGUUGGCUUAAAUAUAUUUACGGAACACAAUGAGGCGCUGCUCCAAUCGCGUCCAUUGCCACACAUUCCAGCGAGCACAGCGGCCGCCCUGUUGGCAGAUGCCGCUGAGCUACAGAGCCAGGACUCGCCAGUGCUCGCUUCACUAGGCGGAGUGCACAGCUCAGCAACGUCUGUGUUCGAGUCGGCCCAUCGCUGGACUUCCAAGGAGAAUUUGCUGGCGCCUGGGCCCGAAGAGGAUGAUCCUCAACUGUUUGUAGCGCUGUAUGACUUCCAAGCGGGCGGCGAGAAUCAGCUGAGCCUCAAGAAAGGGGAGCAAGUGCGCAUUCUCAGCUACAACAAGUCUGGCGAGUGGUGCGAAGCUCACUCCGAUUCCGGCAACGUGGGCUGGGUACCCUCCAAUUAUGUGACGCCUCUCAACUCACUCGAGAAGCACUCCUGGUACCACGGACCAAUCUCACGAAACGCGGCUGAGUACUUGCUCAGCUCAGGAAUUAAUGGGAGCUUCCUGGUUCGUGAGAGCGAAAGUUCACCUGGACAGCGAAGCAUUAGUUUAAGAUAUGAGGGCCGCGUCUACCACUAUCGCAUCUCUGAAGAUCCGGAUGGCAAAGUCUUUGUCACGCAGGAGGCCAAAUUCAACACGCUCGCAGAGUUAGUGCAUCAUCAUAGCGUGCCUCAUGAAGGGCACGGCUUGAUAACACCACUGCUCUAUCCAGCACCCAAGCAGAACAAACCUACAGUCUUUCCAUUAAGUCCCGAGCCAGAUGAAUGGGAAAUAUGUCGCACAGACAUCAUGAUGAAGCACAAACUGGGCGGUGGACAAUAUGGCGAGGUAUACGAAGCGGUGUGGAAACGCUAUGGCAACACAGUGGCCGUUAAAACGCUCAAGGAGGAUACGAUGGCGCUAAAAGAUUUCCUCGAAGAGGCAGCCAUUAUGAAGGAGAUGAAGCAUCCGAAUCUCGUGCAGUUAAUCGGUGUCUGCACUCGAGAGCCGCCCUUCUACAUCAUCACAGAGUUCAUGUCGCAUGGCAAUCUACUGGACUUCUUGCGUUCGGCAGGCCGGGAAACUUUGGAUGCGGUAGCCCUGCUCUAUAUGGCCACCCAAAUAGCAUCUGGCAUGAGCUAUCUGGAAUCCCGCAACUAUAUCCAUCGGGAUUUGGCGGCUCGCAACUGCCUGGUGGGCGACAACAAACUCGUUAAGGUAGCCGACUUUGGGCUAGCGCGCCUAAUGCGCGAUGAUACCUAUACGGCGCAUGCGGGCGCUAAAUUUCCCAUCAAGUGGACCGCCCCAGAGGGAUUGGCGUACAAUAAGUUCAGCACCAAGUCGGAUGUGUGGGCCUUUGGUGUGCUACUAUGGGAGAUAGCAACUUACGGCAUGUCGCCAUACCCGGGCAUUGAUCUCACCGAUGUGUACCACAAACUGGAGAAGGGCUAUCGUAUGGAGCGACCGCCGGGCUGUCCGCCGGAGGUGUACGAUCUAAUGCGCCAGUGCUGGCAGUGGGAUGCAACGGAUCGGCCCACAUUCAAGAGCAUACACCAUGCGCUGGAGCACAUGUUUCAGGAAUCGUCCAUCACCGAAGCGGUAGAGAAACAGCUCAACGCCACAGCAACAGCCAGCGGCGGCACAGGCUCCAACUCCGGUUCCAUUUCCACAGCAGCGGCUGGUGUAGCGCCCCCAACAGCGACGGCCAGUGCAUCCUCCUCAACGUCCGCUUCACUUAGUCUGACGCCACAAAUGGUCAAGAAAAGUAUGGCCAGUGCUGACCAACAACAGCAGCAGCAGCAACUGGCCAGCACACCCAUGUCAGAAACUGGCUCUACAUCGACCAAGCUAAGCACCUUCUCCAGCCAAGGCAAGGGCAAUGUGCAAAUGCGUCGCACCACCAACAAACAGGGCAAACAGGCGCCAGCACCACCAAAGCGGACCAGCUUGCUCUCUAGCAGCCGAGAUUCUACAUAUCGCGAGGAGGAUGCACGCAAUUUGAUCGAUGAGCUCAAUACGAAUGGUAGUAGUAGAAACUUCCACUCCAACACUUUAAGCCAGACCCUAUGUAGAAAUUUUAAAACCCAAAUUCCAACCCAGACACAAAUACGUACACAACAACAACAAAAACAACAGCAACAACAACAGAAAGAACAAUUAUUACAAUCACCUAUACUACAACAACAACAACAAACAUAUUCAAUUAAAAAAUCAUCCUCCUGCAGUAGUUUCCUUUACGACAUCCUAUUUCGAGGUAUUUGUCAAUGGAGUCUCACGCGUGACAUCAAUAACUUGACGCAGCGAUAUGACUCAGAAGUCGACCCGGCUGCUGAUCCGGAUACGGAUGCCACUGGAGAUAGCAUAGAGCAAAGUUUGACUACAGUUACACCGCCUAACAAGAUGCAGCACUCACUACAUGCAGGUGUCUCGAAUCUGACAGGGGGAAUCGGUCCACGAUCCUCACAACAACACAGUUCAUUCAAACGUCCGGUGAUGGGCAAUCGCGGCCUGGAGACACGUCAAAGCAAGCGCUCGCAGCAGCCGGCACCGAUCAAUGUGACUACCAAUGGCAAUGCCAGCACACCGGUGCUACCUGCUCAUCCCAUCACUGUGGGUGCUUUGGAGGUGAUGAAUGUUAAGCGAGUGGUCAAUCGCUAUGGAACCUUACCCAAGGGUGCACGUAUAGGUGCCUUCCUGGAUAGCCUAGAGGACAGCAGCAGCAGCAAUAGCAGUGGCGCCGGGACGGGCUCUGAGGCACCAGUCAAUGGACAUACUACCCCUGCAGCAGCCACAACAGCUGCAGGUCGUGCUUUGCCCGCUGUCCCCGCCUUGCCAACGGCGACUAGCAAGGCGCAACAGGUACCACAACAGAUGAUUCGAAGCAAUUCCUCUGGGGGCGUGACCAUGCAGAACAAUGCAGCGGCCAGUUUGAAUAAGCUACAGCGACAUCGCACAACAACGGAGGGUGCCAUGAUGACCUUUUCGUCGUUCCGUGCUGCUGGCAGCAGCAGUUCACCUAAACGUGGUGGCAUUACACAGCCGGCGCUGGCUAAUCUGGAGUUUCCACCGCCGCCUUUGGAGGAAUUCGAAGCAUUGCCGCCACCACCGCCACCGCCAGCGCCAGAGAGCGCUGUCCAGGCCAUACAGCAGCAUCUACAUGCUCAGCACAGCAGCAGCAACGAUGUUAGCAAUACUGCACCCAGUGUCGAGGAGGCCAGCUCCCGGUUUGGAGUCUCGCUCCGCAAACGUGAACCCUCCACGGAUUCGUGCAGCUCACUGGGCACACCACCCGAGGCGUCAGUAUCAGCAGCAACAGCAGCAGCCGAAGAGAAGGGUCUAAAUCUUAAGGAGAAACUCAUCACAGAAAUCAAAUCAGCGGGCAAGCCAUCCGAUCCAUCUAUAGGCUAUACCAAUGGUGGUGCUCCAGUCGUUGUUGACCCUGUUGCCCAAUUGGUUACCGAGCUGGCCGAGAGCAUGAAUUUGCCUAAGCCCUCAAAACUGACUAAUGGCAAUUGCAGCACCAACACCAACACCAACACCAACACCAACGCCAACAACAGCAACAGCAGCAACAACAACAACUUCAAGGCACAGUUGAAGAAAGUGGAGACAAAAAAAAUGAAUACGCCCAUUCCAAAGGCUGAACAGCCCACAAACAUAAUAGACUUCAAGGCGCAUCUACGCAAAGUGGACAAGGUCGAGCAGCAACAGCCCAAGGAGCAAAGUCUUCAACAACAGCAGCAACAAUCGCCAAAUGCCAAUUGCAAUAUAGCGCGCAGGGAUGAAACCAAAAAGUUUAGUGCCGCAAAUCAAAAGACUGAAAUCAAAAUCGAUGUUAGCAACUCCAAUGCGGAUGCGGAUGGAGGCGACACGGCCACAGGCACAGGCAACAGUUCAGACGGCGGCAAGCGACGCAGCACAGGUAGUAUUAAUAGCUUAAAAAAACUUUGGGAGCAGCCUAGUGGUGACUAUGCCAGCACCACAAUCCCACAGACCAUGGCAACGAGCAAUGGUGGCGGCGCCAGCGCCCAAUUGUCGCCCAAAUAUGGCUUCAAAGCAACACAACAGCCAUUGGGUAAUCUUACUGGGUAUAGCAAAGUGUUUGGUAAUAAACCGCCGCCAGCGGCACCACCACCACCGCCCCCAAUUAGCAGCACUCCAAGCACCACAGCACAGCCCAAGCCAGCGGUAGCUGCCGCAACCAAAUUAGCAACCACAGCAAUAAAAACAUCUCUUUCAACGCAACUCUUCACAGAUGCCGAGGGCAGCAGCAGCAAUGAGGAGCAGCAGCAGCAGCAGACAGGUGAUCAGGCGGAGCUGAUGACGCAGUCGCUCUAUGGUGAUCAGUACAAUAACUCCAACGCCAACUCCUCGAAUCAGCAGUCGCCUCUACCGAGCAAUGCCAACAACAAGCUCAGCACCUCUUCCACCAAUAGUCAGAAUAAGCCUGCCGUGCCGCAUAAGCCCACCAAGUUGACUAUCUAUGCCACGCCCAUUGCCAAAAUCGCUGGGAUCGGCGUCGGCGGCGACAACAUCAACUCGACACAAAUUACUAGGGAAAGCAUUUUGGAGCUGGUGACAUUACUGGAGGGGUCACUGAAACAUCCAGUGAAUGCAAUCUCUGCCUCGCAGUGGCUACAGCUCAGCGAUAAGUUAAAUAUCCUGCAGAACUCGUGCGUGGUCUUUGCGGAGAACGAGUCGAUGCCACCGCACUCGAAAUUCCAUUUUCGCGAGCUUGUAACCCGAGUGGAGACGCAGUCACAGCAUCUGAGAACUGCCGGCAGUAAAAAUGUGCAGGAUAAUGAGCGAUUGGUUGGCGAGGUGGGUCAAUCACUCAAACAGAUCUCGAAUGCGCUGCAUAGGUAAAUGAUAAGAACGGGGAUGGACGCACAGCGGAGCGGUGUUGCGCCAGCUGACAACAACAGCGCCGGCAUAUGGCUAGAUGCCGAAGGCAACUUUAUCAAGCGCAAGCAGCAGCCCCACUGAGAAAAUAUACAUACAAAUAUGUAUCCAUAUGUAUGUAUUAAUCGCACACAUUCCUCCCACCAUCCCCGUCACCCACUUCCAGCGAAGGCGGACGACAGAAGACAACGAACUGGAAACGGAUUAAACGAUAGCAUAACUACAACUUGAAAGCCCAGCGAUGAAGCUCAGAAACAUACAAACAGCAACAUAACAAAAAGGAAAAUACAGCUAUAAUUAAUUAUUUACUAUAUACAUAUACUAUAUCGUAGUUGGUAGCAUGUAACUCCAACUGCAAUAGUAUUUAGUAGUCGUAGUGAUUAUACAUACAUCUAGUCAUAAAUCUGAUGCAUCUGCUUAUAUUUAGAGAUAAACAGAGGGAGAGAGAGAGAGAGAGAGAGAGAGAGAGAGAGAGAGAGUGGGCUUCGAAACUGAGUUGCAAAGCAAAAUUUUUCUAUAUAAUGACGUCUUCUACUAUUUUCUUUGAUUUCAAUUGUGAAUAAUCUUUAAACAUUACACAUUACUCACAUUAUUCUUUUGGUUUUUAGCCACUUCUUUUCAAGUAAGCUUAAGCUUUGUUCUAAUUAAUAUUGAAAGACAUAUAAGUGCAUAUAGAGAAGGUUGGUAAGGACAACUUCAUGAUCAAU